UAUAUUAAUCCGAGGUAUAGUCGAAUAAUUCUUCGAAUUUUAUAUGACAGUCGAUAUCUGACUAGAAAGAUGGACAUAUUCGACAAACACUAUUAUAGCUAUCGUACUGUGUUGAAAAUUAUAGGAUUAUGGCCAUAUAACAAUUCAAUCUAUGUGUGGAUUCAGAGAUUAUGGAUAUCGGCAUUAUUUCUUGGCAAUAUAAUAUUUCAGAUUGUGUUACUUUUAAGAUCUAAAAUUACGGUACGAAAUUGUAUUUUAAUACUGUCUACAACUUGUCCACUUAUAAUAAUUUCGUUACGAUAUAUAUGUUUUAUAUUAUUUUUCCCUAUGAUAAAAUAUUUAUUUCAUCAUAUGCGUAUGGAGGAAAAUAUAAUACAAGAUUCAAUAGAAGCACAGAUACGAAUGAAAUACAUCGGUGAUUCUCGUCAUAUGAUCGAAAUAUUUUUAUGGAUGGCUUAUGCAAAUAUUACAUUGUAUAGUAUAUUGGGAUUGUAUCUUAUAAUAUUCAUAAUGCCUUUGAACGAAUCUCCUAUACGUAUGCUUCAUUACGUUACAUUAUUUUCUGUCAAUGGAACCAUAUAUUUUUAUAUUUUAUGCUUAGAUUUUUUAUUUGUUAUCAUAUUUGGAUUUUUAUCUAUAAUAUGUACGGAAACGAUAAUUGGAAUUUAUAUUUAUCACACAGGCGUGUUGUUUAAAAUUAUUAGCCAUCGAAUACAAAAGAUUAUUACAUAUUUGACUAUAAUCGAUCUCUCAUCGAAGCAAAUUGACUCGAAACUCGCAGAGCUUUAUCGUGUAGUGGAUAUUCAUAAUCAAGCUAUCCAGUUGCUAGUAAAUGCGAUUACAAUUAAGAAGGAUCAAUUAGAAAUUUUAAUUUCUCUUAUAAUUUUUACCAAUCAAUUAGUGUUUAUAUUUUUAUGCAACCAUACUGCUCAGAUACUUAUAAACAACAGUGAAGAAUUUUUUUAUGAAUUAUAUAUAUCUGUAUGGUAUUUUGUACCAUUAAAGAUACAAAAGAUUUUAUUAUUGAUUAUGAUACGAAGCUCAACAGCAUGUAUGUUUCACAUCUUUGGUGUGUUCGUUUCAUGCCACGCAGGAUUUACAACGAUGUUAAGUACUUCGUUUUCAUAUUUUACUUUGAUGUACUCAAUACAAUAG